AUGCUGCACAUGUGGAUGUCUUUGUGUCUGAUCCCUUUGACUGCAGUUGCAACAACUGCUGGGACUCCAGAUCCUGAGCUGUUCUCUGUAACUGGUUCUGAAGGUCCAGUCUCAGCUCCAGCAGGAUCUUCUGUCACUCUGCCCUGUGGACUCUCCCCUUCCUCUAGUGCAGUACCCAUGCUGGUGCGCUGGAACCGGCCCAAUGUGUUCAGUACCCCGGUUCUGCUGUAUGAGAACCAUCAGGUCCAGGAGGAACCUGCAGACCCUCGGUACCGGGGCCGGGUGUCUCUGGUGGGGGAUCUGCAGAAGGGGAACGUGUCCCUCAGGCUGGAGAAGCUCACUCUGGAGGACAGGGGGGAGUACGUGUGCCAUGUGGGGAGUGAUGUGUGGUUUGAUGAGAUCAGUAUCAGGCUCAUAGUAACAGGAGGAGGACAGGUGAAUGUUACCUGUGAGUCGGAUGGUUGGUCUCCAGAGCCGACCGUCACCUGGAGAGAUAGAGAAGGAACAGAGAUCCAUCAGAACUACAGCAACAUCCACUUCCUCAAAGAUGUUGUCAGACGUUUCUCACCUCAGAGGAAACCAACAGAAUGCAAUGGGCACAGAGCAGAAUCAGGUCCUUAUAGAAAACAGGAACAGGCAGAAGCAUCUGCUGCAGCAAUGAAUCUGACUCUGGAUAUGAAGAGAGUGCCUCCUUUCUUCAAAGUACAAGACAACGACACUUCAAUCCUCUGUCCUGAUUCAUCAAAGGUUCUGGGCACAGAAAUGAGAUUUCCUCAUGCUUUAUGUGAUUAUAAAUUCUACUCAGGGAAGCACUACUGGGAGGUGAAGAUGGGCAAUAUGUGGAGUGGUCAUAAAGGAAAACAGUCGUGGUAUGUGGGGGUGUGCACUGACACAGCAGAACAAAUACACAGAGUCUCUAUGACCCCACAGAACGGCUUCUGGGUUCUCCAGUAUGAGAAAGUAACCGGACUCUUUGUCAACACAGAACCUCCAACUAAAGUGUGUGUGUCAGAGGAAAAUGAAAUUCAGUACCUAGGGGUGUUUCUAGACUACGACGAACACACUCUCACCUUCUACAGAGCUGACCCUGACAGGAAUAUGUGUAUCUGCUCUUUGUAUUUGACAUCAGGCAAACCACUGAUUCCUUUGAUUAGCCCAGGAGUUAGAGACAAGGAGCCCAUUAAGUUAGUUCAUGUAACAGAUACAUUUUCAUGGCUGUUUAAACGCACUGGGGAUGACAAAAAGGGGAACACACCCUCUCCGGAACCCAAUGGGGAAGACUCAAACAAAAAGGAGAACACACCCUCUCCGGAACCCAAUGGGGAAGACUCAGACAAAAAAAGGCAACACAUCCUCUUUGGCAGAGGUGGAAAACUCCAGCUCCAGAGUAAAAGUCCACCCACUUAUCUGUGCCAACCAGGGGGUCCGGAUUUGACUGAUUAG